UCUUCAUCCACCAACAUCGGUCCUUCUGUAGAACAUUCAACGACAGAAAAAAGAACGGUCAAGUUCAUCAUUUCGACUUAAUAUGACCAAUGGAAUUGUAAACGGCAACGAAAGUCUAGAGACUCAGUUUGCUUCUCUCGGCAUAAAUGGAACGAAAUCUGCAUACGUUCCACCUCACAUGAGAAAUGCGCAGCGCGCUACACCACCCCCGCAACAGCCAAACGGGACCGGCUGGAACGAGCCCCAAGCUUCUCCUCGCCGUGGAUUUGAACCCCUCCGAGGUGGUCCUCCCGACAAAGGUAGCAAAGAUGUCGCUCUUGCAUUCAGCAGUCCUACCCGUGGAGGUAGCAGUGCAAGUGAUUGGGCAGGUCGCCCAACUAGCAACGGAUGGACUGCCAGAGAACCCCGUGGAGAUAGCCAACAGCGUGAUUCUGCCGGAUUCGGUGCCUGGCGCAAUGGUGUUCAUGUCGUCGGCCCUCGCAAUCCUCGCAUGGAGAAAGAGCUUUUCGGAGAUCCGACCGAUCCAUCCAAGCAACACACUGGCAUCAACUUCGAGAAGUAUGAUGAUAUUCCUGUCGAGGCUACAGGCGCUGGAGUCCCAGACCCCGUUACAGCUUUCACGAACCCCCCACUAGACCCUGUUCUCUUGGAGAACAUCGCAUUCGCUCGUUACACCACUCCGACUCCCGUUCAAAAGUACUCCAUUCCUAUUGUCGCUGGUAACAGAGAUUUAAUGGCCUGUGCUCAGACUGGUUCAGGCAAGACAGGAGGCUUCUUAUUUCCUAUUUUUUCCGCCUCUUUCGCUUCUGGACCUCGUGCCCCACCACCUGAGACCCCAUCAAUGGGGUACUCACGCUCACGUAAAGCCUACCCUACUGCCCUUAUUCUUGCUCCCACCCGCGAGCUUGUCAGUCAAAUUCACGAAGAAGCACGCAAAUUUGCAUACCGCUCAUGGGUUCGCCCGGCAGUGGUGUAUGGUGGUGCCGACAUUAAUCAGCAGCUGCGUCUGAUCGAGCGUGGCUGUGAUCUUCUUAGUGCUACUCCUGGACGGCUUGUCGACCUCAUUGAGCGUGGUCGGAUCAGUUUAGCAAACAUUCGCUACCUUGUCCUUGAUGAGGCUGAUCGCAUGCUUGACAUGGGUUUCGAGCCUCAGAUUCGUAGGAUCGUUCAAGGCGAGGACAUGCCUGGCGUAGAAGAUCGCCAGACACUUAUGUUUAGUGCCACAUUCCCACGUGAUAUCCAAAUGCUCGCACGAGACUUCCUGAAGGACUACAUAUUCCUUUCUGUCGGCCGUGUCGGUUCAACCUCUGAGAACAUCACCCAAAAGAUCGAGUACGUGGAGGACAAUGACAAGCGUUCUGUCUUGCUUGAUCUCCUCGCGUCUGAUCCUCCUGGCGGGUUGACCCUUGUCUUCGUAGAGACCAAGCGCAUGGCCGAUAUGUUGUCUGAUUUCCUCAUGUCAAAUCGCCUCCCUGCCACGUCCAUUCAUGGUGAUCGCUCCCAGCGUGAGCGUGAGAUGGCUUUGCAGACCUUCCGCACCGGACGUACUCCAAUUUUAGUAGCUACUGCUGUCGCAGCCCGUGGUCUUGAUAUUCCUAACGUCACCCAUGUGAUCAAUUACGACCUACCUUCGGACAUUGAUGACUACGUCCACCGCAUUGGUCGUACUGGUCGUGCCGGAAACACCGGUGUCUCCACUGCAUUCUUUAAUCGUGGAAACAAAAACAUUGUCCGCGAUCUUCUCGAACUUCUCCGUGAGGCUAACCAGGAGAUUCCUUCGUGGUUGGAGAGUGUCGUACAUGAGACAACCUUUGGAUCAAGUUUCCGUGGCGGUCGUGGCCGAGGUGGAGGUGGAGGUGGAAGUGGAGGUGGCAGUGGCAGUGCUGGAACUCGUGGUCGUGGUGGCAACCGCGAUUACAGACAGUCUGGCUAUGGCGGCGCCAGCAACUAUGGUGGAAGCUUCGGACGUGGUAACAUGAGCUACGGCAAUGCCCCUUCAUAUGGCGGCGGCGGCGGAGGUUAUAAUAACAAUGGAGCAAGCGGUGGUGGAUCCGGCUGGUGGUAAAUAUACUGUCGCCACGCUCGGAAUCCACUCGCCUUCCACUCAAGUGUAUCAAGUUUUUCUCGGCCUGCAACUUCCAUCGGAUUUCCUUAAUUCGCCUCGAUUUCACACUCAUGAAAAUGUCCCUGGUAACAACAAACUCCUUGCCCUAUGCACUCAAACAUCCAUCUCGCUGUGUGUUUCGCUCUCUUUUCCUCUCUCACGCACGGACUCCUUGCGC